UUUAACCGUUUGCCGCCUCUGGUCACACUGACCUCAAAGAGUACACAAUUAAAUUAUUAUCUAAAUUACUAGUGUAAAUUCAAAGCGCAGUGACAACCAAUUUGGGCAAUUCAGCAAACAGAGCAGAUCAGCAGAGAGUGAGAGAGAGGAGAGCAAGGGAGAUUGAUAGCGAGUGAGAGAGAGAGGAGGGAGAAACACACACAAAAACAUACACACACACACACAGCUCUCGAUAUAUAUAUAUAUAUAUAUAUAAACGUAAAUUUAGGGACAUAUACAGAGAAGAUAGUCAGAGAGAGGGAGCUAGAGAAAGAGAGAGGGAGUUAUCAUUCUCCUCUACAUACACCGCAUUUAUCAUCACACGCCGCUGCCUCUGACCUGACAUUGUUUGCUUUUGUUGUCUGCUGCUCUUCAAAACAAAAAGGAAAAUUUUAAAAAAGCAAAAAAAAAAAAAAAACAGAACCCAAACAGAGGAAACACAGAGAAUAAAGCUCCUAGGAGUAAACAAAGGAGUGACAGUAGAGACGGGAUCGGGACUGGGACAGGGGCAGGAGAGUCAGAGAGUUAGCUCGCUCUAUGGGUCAAAAGGCAAGCACUCCAGCGACCAGUGGCCAACAGAGCCCACGCUCUCGUACAUUUAGCAGCAGCUCAACUGGAGCCGCUGUGGACACAUCGCCGGCCGGUGGCGGUCGCACUGGAGGAGGAGCAUCAGCGACAGGCAUCGUCGGCGCCGUCGGCGGUGGUGGCGAUGCCACUGGCCAGGGUUUCAAUUUGUUGCGCACAUUGCCGGGACUGCAGGUUUAUCACCACCAACAGAAUUCUACAACCAUAGACCGGCAGCGGGCCCGGAGUCUUAGCUCUGUGCCCGAUAUCCAACAGCAACAACAACAACAGCAGCAUCAACAAUCCCAAAUUCAAUCCUCGGAUCCCAAUGCAGGAACCAAUAUCAAUAACAGUUACCCAUCAUCGGCAGCCGCUGGAGUUACCAAUAAUAAUGGCUCAUCCUCCAUAACGCCGGCCACCUACAUGCAGCAACAGCGUCGCACUUUGGGCGAUUCUAUACGCGACAUGUCUAUGACUGGCAGCAACAUUGUGGAAAGCAUUGCCCUGGCCACCUCUGCCAAUGGUAUAGGCCGGGUCUAUACAGCCACAUCGCUUCCUUCGCACAUUUGGUCCUUUAAUGGUAUCAAAUGUCCCGUGUGCAAUAAGUUCGUUUUGCCGGACGACAUUGAGUGCCAUUUAGUUAUGUGCCUAACGAAACCGCGUCUCUCAUAUAACGAGGACAUCUUGUCCGAUGCCAAGGGCGAGUGCGUUAUUUGCCUUGAAGACUUGAGUCCUGGCGACACUAUUGCACGGCUGCCUUGCCUCUGCAUCUAUCACAAAGGAUGCAUCGAUCGUUGGUUUGAGGUGAAUCGCUCAUGUCCCGAGCAUCCUGGAGAUUAGUAAUCCUCAUUUUAGUAGUUGCACACACACACACAUGUACACAUACACAUACAGAUACACACACACACACAUACAGAAAUACGUGGAUGUAUGCAUAUAAGGCAAAUUGGGGAGAGGCUAAGAACAGAAAGAAGGAACCGAGCGAGCGAUCUCAAAUCGUUCAAUAUAUUAAAAUAUUUGACCUACCGAACCGGAUUGAACCGUAACGAUAUGAAACGAAUUGACAGUUGAUGGACAAACACAUACAACACCAACAACAACAACAAAAACACAAACCACAACAAAGUU